CCAGACUAGAGGAAAUCGUCUCCUUCUACCUUUGUAAGACUCACCCAACAUAUCUUGCAACGCAUCACCAUCUCAAUGCCACAGCAACCAGUGCGCAUCAUUGGAGCGGGAAUCGGAGGCCUAACGCUCGGGCGCUGUCUUCUCAAGCACGGGGUUCCAGCGGUACUUUAUGAGCGAAUGCCUUCAACCCCCCGCCAUAGUUAUGGCGUCACGCUUCACGCGUCGUCGUAUAUGCCACUUCUGGAUAUCCUGGGCCUGGAUGAACUCACCUUCAGGCGUCGUACAGCCGUAGAUGGAUCGCUGGGUGGUAAUGGGAACAUUGAAUCGACAUCCAUGGUCUAUCCUGGGAAUCUAAUUUCCACCUCGUUUCGCGCCCAUCGCGAAAAGCUGGAGAAAUUGCUUAGCGAGGGCCUCGAUGUCCAAUGGGAGCACUCCCUAGAAAAGGUGGAAGAAACACCGUCGGGAGUGGCCUUAUACUUACGAAAUGGACAAAAGGUUGAGAGCUCGUGUGUUGUUGGAGCUGACGGACCGCACUCAAAUAUUCGAAAAUCCCUCUCUCCUAACACGCCAUUCGGUAUUCUCCCAUAUGUCGCCUUCAAUGGCAAACGAUGGGUAAAGCGUGCUGUAUUCGACAGCAUCUACGCCCCAGCAUUCAAGGAGUCAAAUGUUAUCGAGAUGAAAAUAUACGACCUUGUCUUGAAUAUAUCGGUUAAUGAGCAACAGGCAGAUGUGGUGAGCGUGAGCUGGAUCUUCUCGCGUCCAGCCAGAGGCUCUACCGAUCCUCUUCACAAGCCCAACCGCCCAGUGUCAGGAGCAACAGAUAUCCCAGAGGAGUUUUUUGACGAAGUAGCGGCCCUUAGUGGGCUGAGCCAGCCAUUUAAAGAAGUUUUGAUGCAGAAAAACUGAGGAUGGAGAGGGUUUUGCAUUGGCUUAUGCGUACAGUUCUCGUCAAACAGCAGGAGCUUCACGCAUUCGCCAAGAAGGGCGUCUUUUUUAUGGGUGAUUCUGUGCAUGCAGAGCCUAUCCUAGGAGGAGAAGGCGCAAACAAUGCUAUCAUGGACGGCAUCGAACUUGCAAAAUGCAUCUCUGCCUCUGGCCCAAGUGGUAUCCUAUCGUGGUACGAAUCCAGAUAUCCGGUAUGGGAGAGGGGCAUUCGCAAAAGCGAAAAUGCCAUCAUUGCGAUGCAUAAUAGCCAGAAUGCUGUUCUCUAGCGAUAAUCUCUAAAAUAGUUCUUAUAAAAGCUGAUCCGAUAAUAAGUGUCUGGUAUCUACUACAUUCCCAGUGGCGCAUUCUUUGUAUACAAACAUACCAGCGUGUUGUUAGACCU